AUGGAAGAAAUAAUGCAUGUAGAAAAUGACUUAAAAGCAAAUAAUGUUUCCUCAUUUCUAUUUAUAUCUUAUCCAUCAACAUUAAUUAUGCAAUGUAAACAACUUCUAACACUUGUUUUAAAUCGAACAUCAUUUUCAAAUAAUCAACAGUUAACACCACCUUAUAUACGACAAUUAUUAGCUAGACAAAACUUAACAUUACGUUUUCCUAAAACUAUGUCGGAGUGUAUUCUUGAAUUAAGUCGUCUUAUGAACAGUACAAAUGAAUUUGAUAUAUCUAACAAAAAGGUUCAUCAAAACUAUGGUAUACAAGAACGUUCACGUUCAUUAAUCGUAUUUGUUUUUCUUAUUGCAUUUGUUUCGUUCAUAUCAAUUCUUGGAAAUUUAUGUUUAGCCAAGGUCAUUUAUUCAAAACGUUUUCGUUUAUCACAAACAGAUAGAAUCGUUUUAUGUCUUGCAUUAAGCGAACUUUGUCUUGUUUUGAUUGAUUCACCAACAGAAAUUUAUCGAUUUCUGUCAUAUUCAUUUUCACAAACAUGGCUUUGUCGUUUUCACACAUUUUUUGAAUCGUUAUUUUCAUCAUGUAUAAUCUUUUAUCAUUUAUUAGGAGCAUUAGAUCGUUUCGUUUACAUUCACGGUCAUGUAUUAUCAGAUAAAUCAUCAUUAUCAUCAAAAUGGUAUCGUCGAAUAUCAACAAAAUCAGGCUCAAUUAUAUUAUUAAUAUUACCUAUAUUAUGUAGUUUACCUAUAGCUAUUUGUAAUUUACUUCAAGCACAUGUUUUACGUACGUCAUCAACAAUGAAAAUCUGUAUUGUACAACAUACACAUGGAAUUUUAAUAAGUUUUUUAAUAUUUUUCUAUAUAUUACCAUUAUUAUUUUCAUUUUUUCUUCAUGCUAAAUUAAUCUAUUUUAUACAUGCAAAACAUCAACGACGUUAUUCAAGACAAAAAAAAUCAUCAAAUAGAUUGUUGAUGAAACAUAAUAAUACGUCUGCUUCACAAAUGAUAGUACAGAAAAAAGGAUCUGGACAAAAUCAAAAUGUUUUUAAUAAUAAUCGACAAGCCUUACAACUAAAUAUAAUAAAUACAAAAACACUAAAUAGAAAUAUUGCUAUGUCUAAUAAUGAUGCAAUCAUCAAUGCAAUAGAUGCCAUCAAUAUAUCAACAGCAGCUGGCCAACGUACUGGAAAACAUAAUUCAUCGAGUUCUUCGGCGUCAAGUCGUUCAACAACUCGAACAGGCUUUACAUCACCAGUAUCUCCAACUUCACAUUAUGCAAACAGUACACGAGCGAAUGCUAAUGCAAAGCGUACAGUAUUUUUACUUGUUUUAUUACUUUCAUUUUAUGUUCUCUGUUGGGCUCCAUAUAAUAUUUACACAUGGCAUCAUGCUUAUCAAUUGACAACAAAAACUCAAAAUCAAACUUUAUCGAAUCGUACAUUAAGAUUUGAUUUCAAUCAAACAAUAGUAUCAUCAACAUAUAAUCUUCAUGCGGAUUUACGUCGAUUCAUAUUUAUUAAUUAUUCAUUAUAUCUUUUAUCUAUGAUAUCGAUGUGUUUUAGUUUUAUAUUUUAUUUCUCACUUAAUAAGCAAGCACGUCAUGAAUUUUCACGUAUGAUCGCUUGUUCAUGUCCACGAAUCUUUGUUAAUCAUUACGAAACACAAAGACAACAAUAUCCAAGACAAGAGUAUAUCGGAGCAAGGUGUUUACAAUAUCAUGCAAAAUAUGAAAAUAAUUAUCAACAGAAUAAUCAAAGAGUUUUAUGUCCACAAAAUAAUCAUGAACAAGUACAAUCAAUGAAAGUUAAUUUUUAUCUAACGCUUACACCACCGUCGCCAAUACUUGAACAAAAUAAUGAAAAACAUAAAUUUUUUGCAACCGUAAUUUGA